AUGCGCCCGUUAGCCUUCCUGUUUCUCCUUGCUCUCGCCGGGUUGUUAUUAGUCCAAGCGGAGGGUGAUGUCGAAGUCACUUUCGAGGAUGUAAGGGAUAAAUUGCCCAAGGUUUAUAGCGGACAGGCUGAGGAAUCCGCGCCAAAAUAUUUCCAGGAAUCUUCAUUUUGCAAUACGCUAAUGCCGAUUCCCAUCAGCUUCCACUAUCACUAUGAUGGGCGGUUUGCGGAGGAACCCCUAUCCGAUAACGAAACGCUUCCGCACUUAUCUGCGCUCAUCCAAACAUACUUAUCAACGAUGGCGGACCUCCGUGCCGAAACCUGGAUAAUGCAUGGAUCACUUCUGGCUUGGUGGUGGAAUCAAAAGAUCUUUCCGUGGGACAACGAUCUCGACGUCCAGAUUAACGAGCCUGUGAUUCACUUCCUUGCCGACUACUAUAACAUGACCGAGCAUCAUUUCGAUCUUCCUGAUGUCGAAGGUGGACGGACCUAUCUUCUGGAAAUCAACCCUUACUAUGUUAUUCGGUCAAAAUCGGAUACGGCGAACGUCAUUGACGGAAGGUGGAUAGACACUUCGUCCGGAUUAUUUGUCGAUAUCACAGCUGUACGGACAGACGAUGAGCGCCGAGCAAACGGCGACCCUGGUGCCCUGAUGUGCAAGGACUACCAUAAUUUUGAUGAGUCCGAAAUAUAUCCACUCAGAAACACCUAUUUCGAAGGGGUUCCCGCGAAAAUUCCAUAUGCAUACACGAAGCUUCUUCAAGACGAGUACGGCCCGAAAGCCCUAACCAAAACCAACUACCAAGGCCACCAAUUUAACGAAAAGACUAGUGUAUGGGAGAAAAUCCAGUGA